AUGGUUUUGAAAUGACAACAGAUGAAUUUUUACAAAUGUAUUUUAUUUAUAAUUUAUAUUUAUUUAUCUAAAUUCAUUAUCGCUUUAGAGAGUGGUCUUAAAUUGUUGGGUACAGGUCUUGAGUCAGUGUCUCCUUGCGCUAUUGGAUUGCAGUUUUAUAUCGUGGUCAACAACACAUCGGAACAAGAUUACGAAGUACAGUUGUCACCUGAACAGUGCUGUUUGAAGUCUGAUUAUAAUUUGGAUUGUGACACAAUUAAUAUUGUAGGCAACUGUCUAGAGAAUAUUCCAAAAGGUACAAAAAAAAUAUUAAAGCUCGUCGCUCCAAUCUUAGGACCUUAUCAACGACGUGGAUUUUGCAUUAUAAAUUUUGAUACAAAAUUAACGAACGAACAGAAGCGUUUAGAAAGGCAAAUAAUUAAAAUUGAUUUUGAUACUUAUGUAGAGAAUAAGAAGCAGUCAAUGGAUCUACCUUAUAAUAUUAAGAAAUGUAACAAUAUCGAUGAAGAUCCUCUAAACAAUUGUAAUCCGGUGGAAUGCGAUAAUUAUUAUAAUGGAAGGAAACCGUAUUAUUCUAAAAGAACAAAACAAUGUAUACAAAGUCCUAUAUGUGUUUCCAAUUUCAUAUCGGAGUUACCAGAAGUAGUAUUAGAUCCAAUAUCAAACACAUGUGUUCGAGGUCGAUCUAUUUUAGAUGAAGAUAUUGAAUUUAUAAAAAGUUUAGAAAAACCGACUAAUUGCUCCACAGGAACGGGUGCGUUGACAAUAUCGGGUAAUGAUAAGAAUAAUUUAACAGAACAGAAUCUUAAAGUAACUGGAAACGCGUCCAAUGAUACUAGUUAUACGACAAAAUUCAGCAUCUGUGAAAAAAUUCAUAGCUACAUGGUAAAUAAUAAAUUAACAAUCAUAGUUUUAAUUACUGUCGUAUUUAUGCAAUGUUGUUUAAUAUGCGUUCUUAUAUUUUACGUAACAAGUAAAUGCGAAUGUUUUUCAAGGAGAAAACUUGUUAGUAAAUUGUAUAAUUUUACGACAGAUGUAUCUAUGACUACUCCUUUAAUUUUUAGUAAUACCGAUACUGAAACUACAGGAUAUAAAUAUGUAAGCGAUUCAUCUAAUAAUAUUGACAAGAAAAUAAAGAGUUACAAAUCCUGUCAGAAGGAUCGAAACGGAUUAAAAGUAAGUAUGUCCGACGACAUACUAUCGAAAUGUUUGACUAGAAGAGACUGGAUAGAUAACAAGUAUACUAAAUCCGAAGCAAUACCAGAAAUGCCUUUAAGAUUAAACGCAGAGACUUACAACGAAAUUGAACAAACUACAGAAUAUGAAGCUAAGAAAGAGGAAAGAAAUGAAAACGAUGAAAUGGUACCUCGUCCUUCAAGAAAAAUUAGCGAAGCUAAAGUUGUCUUUGAAGAUGAACGUUCUGACAAAAAUCAGAAUAAUAUGAAAAGCGAUAGAAUUAUUAAGAGCAUUGUUCAAAAAGUUGAUUAUCAAUGCGAUAAGUCAAGCAAAAAAAUUGACAAAAAAGGUAGCGAUUCUUCAGAAAAAGAAAUCAAAUGCCAUAGUUACGAUUGCUUAAAUACAAGUGACCCUAAAAUUUCUAAAAGGCAUGAUUUACAUUCUGCAGGAAAUAAAAGAAAGGGAGCAAUAUCGUUAUCAACGGAUAAAGGAGCACAAGCUUGCUUUUCAAACGAUUCUAUAGAUGAUUUUCUUUCAGAAAGAGGUAUGAUGUUUCUUGGUGGUGACGAUAUUUCAAAGUAUACAUUUUCUUAUACUUCCAAUCAACCUAAGCCUACAUCAUCAUCAGAGGUAUCGAGCAAGACAUCGAAAAAUAAUCUAGUUAAGAAUAUGUUGACAAUGUUGCAUAGACGUUCUAAACACGGUAUAUCAUCAGAUCCAGGAAUAUCGAUGACUGAUAACAUAGAUGUUGAAUUAUUACAUAUGUCACAUGCUUCUGUAUUCACUUCCAGUAACGAAUCUGAAUGUAUCAAAGAAUUGGCGAAACAGCACGACUCAAGAACUUCAUUGUAAUUUAAGUUUUAGGAUAUAUUUAGAGAUUUAGACUACCUUUUUAUUGUUAUAGGUGAAAUAAAGCAUUUUUAGAAUCAA